GCGCCCGGCGGGCGGCAGGUGCGGCGUCGCGCGGCCUCCCGGGGCUGCGGCCCGGCCGCCGCGAUGGCCCUCAAGAUGGUCAAGGGCAGCAUCGACCGCAUGUUCGACAAGAACCUGCAGGACCUGGUGCGCGGCAUCCGCAACCACAAGGAGGACGAGGCCAAGUACAUCUCGCAGUGCAUCGAUGAGAUCAAGCAGGAGCUGAAGCAGGACAACAUCGCCGUGAAGGCCAACGCCGUGUGCAAGCUCACCUACCUGCAGAUGCUGGGCUACGACAUCAGCUGGGCCGCCUUCAACAUCAUCGAGGUCAUGAGCGCCUCCAAGUUCACGUUCAAGCGCAUCGGCUACCUGGCCGCCUCGCAGUGCUUCCACGAGGGCACAGACGUCAUCAUGCUGACCACCAACCAGAUCCGCAAGGACCUGAGCAGCCCCAGUCAGUAUGACACGGGCGUCGCGCUGACCGGCCUGUCCUGUUUCGUCACCCCAGAUCUUGCCAGGGACUUGGCCAACGACAUCAUGACACUGAUGUCGCACACGAAGCCGUACAUCCGGAAGAAGGCCGUGCUCAUCAUGUACAAGGUCUUCCUCAAGUACCCCGAGUCGCUGCGCCCCGCCUUCCCUCGCCUCAAGGAGAAGCUGGAGGACCCCGACCCUGGGGUGCAGUCGGCCGCCGUCAACGUCAUCUGUGAGCUGGCGCGGCGCAACCCCAAGAACUACCUGUCCCUCGCGCCACUCUUCUUCAAGCUCAUGACCUCGUCCACCAACAACUGGGUCCUCAUCAAGAUCAUCAAACUGUUCGGUGCUCUUACCCCCCUGGAGCCCAGGCUGGGCAAGAAGCUCAUCGAGCCUCUCACCAACCUCAUCCACAGCACGUCCGCCAUGUCCCUCCUGUAUGAGUGCGUCAACACUGUCAUCGCCGUUCUCAUCUCGCUGUCUUCCGGCAUGCCCAACCACAGUGCCAGCAUCCAGCUUUGCGUUCAGAAGUUGAGGAUAUUGAUUGAGGACUCGGAUCAGAACUUGAAGUACCUGGGCCUCCUGGCCAUGUCCAAGAUCCUGCGGACACACCCCAAGUCUGUGCAGGCGCACAAGGACCUGGUCCUGCAGUGUCUGGACGACAAGGACGAGUCCAUCCGCCUGCGGGCCCUGGACCUCCUGUACGGGAUGGUGUCCAAGAAGAACCUGAUGGAGAUCGUGAAGAAGCUGAUGAGCCACGUGGACAAGGCCGAGGGCACCACGUACCGGGACGAGCUGCUCACCAAGAUCCUGGACAUCUGCAGCCAGUCCAACUACCAGCACAUCACCAACUUCGAGUGGUACAUCAGCGUCCUGGUGGAGCUGACCCGGCUGGAGGGCACGCGCCACGGCCACCUCAUCGCUGCGCAGAUGCUGGACGUGGCCAUUCGCGUGAAGGCCAUCCGCGGCUUCGCCGUGUCGCAGAUGUCCCUGCUGCUCGACAGCGCCCACCUGCUGACCAGCAGCACCCAGCGCAAUGGCAUCUGCGAGGUGCUCUACGCUGCCGCCUGGAUCUGCGGCGAGUUCUCCGAACACCUGCAGGAGCCCCAGCAGACGCUCGAGGCCAUGCUGCGGCCCAAGGUGACCACGCUGCCCGGCCACAUCCAGGCGGUGUACGUGCAGAACGUGGUGAAGCUGUUCGCCGCCAUCCUGCGGCAGUGCGAGCAGGCGGGCGAGGCGGCCUCGGCCCAGGAGGUCACACAGCUCAUGGCCGAGCGGCUGCCGCAGUUCGUGCAGAGCGCCGACCUGGAGGUCCAGGAGCGGGCGUCCUGCAUCCUUCAGCUGGUGAAGCACGUGCAGAAGCUGCAGGCCAAGGCCGUGCCAGUGGCGGAGGAGCUGAGCGCCCUGUUCGCUGGCGAGCUGAACCCCGUGGCCCCCAAGGCCCAGAAGAAGGUCCCGGUGCCCGAGGGCCUGGACCUGGACGCGUGGAUCAACGAGCCGCCGUCGGACAGCGAGUCGGAGGAGGAGCCGCCCAAGGCCAUGUUCCAGGAUGAGGGGCAGCGGCAGGCCCGGCAGCGGCCGCCCGAGGUGGACGAGGAGGAACUGGCCCGGCGCCGCGAGGCCCGCAAGCAGGAGCAGGCCAACAACCCGUUCUACAUCAAGAGCUCGCCGUCCCCCCAGAAGCGGUACCAGGACACGCCCGGCGUGGAGCACAUCCCCGUGGUGCGCAUCGACCUCUCGGUGCCACUCAAGGUCCCAGGCAUGCCCAUGUCGGAGCAGUACGUGAAGCUGGAGGAGGAGCGGCGCCACCGGCAGCGGCUGGAGAAGGAUAAGCGGCGGCGGCGGCGGAAGGAACGCGAGCCGCGGGGCAAGGCCCGGCGACACGGCUCGCUGCCCACCGAGAGCGACGAGGACAUCGCCCCGGCCCAGCGAGUGGACAUCGUCACCGAGGAGAUGCCCGAGAAUGCACUGCCCAGCGACGAGGAGGACAAGGACCCCAAUGACCCCUACAGGGCGCUGGACAUCGACCUGGAUAAGCCCUUAGCCGACAGCGAGAAGCUGCCCGUGCAGAAGCACCGGCACCCCGAGCCCUCCAGGUCCCCUGAGAAAGAGGAUGCCCCAGCGGCGGAGAAGAAGAGCCGGAAGCCCAAGAAGAAGGACAAGAAGGAGAAGAAGCACAAAGAGAAGGAGAAGAAGAAGGAGAAGAAGAAGGAGGAGAAGGAGGAGAAGCAGGACGACCUGGACUUCUGGCUGUCCACCACGCCGCCCGCCCCGGCCCUGGCGCCCGCCCCGGAAGAGCCUGGGGUCGACACCGUGGCCCCAGCCCCGCAGGAUGACCAGGAGGCCCCCCCAGGGGAGAAACUGGAAGAGGUGGAGCAGCCGGAUGCAGAGAAGAAGUCUCGGCACAAGAAGAAGCACAAGAAGGAGAAGGAGGUGCGGCCCAAGGACAAGAAGAAGUCCAAGAAGAGGCGGGCAGCGGGCGAGGGCGCGCCGGGGCCCCUGGAGAACGGGGCGCUGGACGAGGAGGAAGAGGAGCCUCUCCCGCCCAUGUCCAGCUACUCGCUCUUGGCGGAGAACUCGUACGUGAAGAUGACGUACGACGUGCGGGCCAGCCUACAGAAGGCCAGCCAGGUGACCGUGUCGCUGGUCCUGGAGAACCGCAGCAGCAGCUCGCUCAAGAGCAUGGAGUUCAGUGUGCUGGACUCCCUCAACGCCAAGCUGGCCCGGCCCGAGGGCGCCUCCGUGCACGACGGCGUCCCCGUGCCUUUCCAGCUGCCCCCUGGCAUCUCCAACGAGGCGCAGUUCGUGUUCACGGUCCAGAGCAUUAUCAUGGCGCAGAAGCUCAAGGGUACCCUGUCCUUCAUCGCCAAGAAUGACGAGGGCUCCACGCACGAGAAGCUCGACUUCCGGCUGCACUUCAGCUGCUCCUCGUACCUGGUCACUACGCCGUGCUACAGCGACGCCUUUGCCAAGCUGCUGGAGUCGGGGGAGCUGAGCAUGGGCUCCAUCCGGGUGGACGGCAUCACCGCGUCCUUCCCCACCCUGCUGGCCAAGAUCUGCUUCUACCAUCACUUCUCAGUGGUGGAGCGGGUGGACUCCUGCGCGUCCAUGUACAGCCGCUCCGUCCAGGGCCACCACGUCUGUCUGCUGGUGAAGAAGGGCGAGAAGUCGGUGUCCGUGGACGGGAAGUGCAGUGACGCCACGCUGCUGGGCAACGUCCUGGAGGAGAUGCGCGCCACGCUGGCCCCGUGCUGAGCGCCCGCCCUGCCGGCCCUUCCGUCACCGUGUCACUCCGAUCCUCCCCACUCCCUCUGGCCAGCAGCCCUGCCCUGCCCCCAAGGCCGCGGGGGCUGCGGGAAGCAGGGGGACCCGCAGGUUGGCCCUGUGGGCAGUGGGCUUCUGUGAAGUCGGCCCAGUUCCGCGGGCCCCCAGGGGCUGCCCCGGGUCCCCGGCGGCCCCACUGCUCUCCGUGUGUCCCCACUCAGAAGUGUGUCUGGUUUGGUGUUGUUUGGGACCCAGGUCCCCUCGUGUCAGGGAACGCUCCCCAGGGCGGCUGGAUGGUGGGGGGACCCUGGCCGGGCACCUCCCACCCAGAACGCCCCGCCCCAAGGUGACGGUCCUUGGUGCCGUUCCAGCUUCCUCCGCCGCUGUAGCAUGUAGUGUCUCUCCAGCCCCCGCGGUUCGGCCCCCCCAGGGCCAACGUGCGCCCCGAGAACUGACCUGCUACCGACAUUCCCGUCCAAAGGAGCCACGUCCCGGGCUGUACGAUUGUGUGUCCAGACGAUCCAAUAAACUCGCAAAGUCCGA